AAUGGUGCAAUAUAUUUCAAGGUUGAAGGAGAGUGUGGAUAUAGUUCCUGUCCUCAACCCCUAGAAGAUCAUAUCAACGUACAUCUAGUCCCACAUACUCAUGAUGAUGUUGGAUGGUUGAAAACUGUAGAUCAGUACUACUAUGGAGCUAGAAAUGAUAUCCAGAGAGCAGGAGUGCAGUACAUUAUUGAUAGUGUUGUUGAGUCUCUUCUCAAGGAUCCUUCAAGGAGAUUUAUUUACGUUGAAUCUGCUUUUCUCUGGAGAUGGUGGGGGGAACAGGAUUUAGAGAUGAAGGAAACUGUCAGAGAACUUGUCAAUGAAGGAAGAUUAGAGCUGGUGAGUGGAGGUUGGAGUAUGAACGACGAGGCUGCUGCGCACUAUUCUGCAGUCAUCGACAACAUGGCGCUAGGAAUCAAAUUUUUGCAGGAUGAAUUUGGGGAUUGUGGAAGGCCUAAGGUUGGAUGGCAAAUUGAUCCAUUUGGUCACAGCAAAGAAUACGCAAAUAUUUUAGCAAAGUUUGGGUUUGAUGGAUUAUUUCUGGGAAGAAUUGACUAUGCAGACAAAAUCAGACGAAAGACGGAUAAAAACUUGGAGAUGGUUUGGAAAGCAGGAAAAGAAGAAGGAUCAGGAGAAGGAGAUAUAUUUACUGGAAUUAAUUACAACACCUACGGACCUCCACCAGGAUUUUGUUUUGAUUCUCUGUGUACUGAUGUUAUAAUGGACAACAAACUGAUGGAGGAUUAUAACCUAGAUGAAAAGAUUGCCUCCUUUAUAAAUCUGACCUAUGAACAAACUGGUGAUUACAAAACCAACAAUAUAAUGAUGACCAUGGGUGAGGAUUUUCAAUACCAAGAGGCCAAUAUGUGGUAUAAAAACCUGGAUAAACUUAUCAAAUAUAUGAACCAGAACAAGACCAGUCACAAAAUCCAUCUGAUGUACUCUACUCCUUCCUGCUAUUUGAAAUCAGUAAACAAUGCCAACGUGUCCUUGCUGACAAAAACUGAUGAUUUCUUCCCCUACGCGUCUGAUCCUGAUGCCUACUGGAGCGGAUACUUUACAUCCCGUCCUGCUCUCAAGGGAAUGAUCAGAAAAGCAAACACUCUCCUCCAGGCGUGUAAACAAGUAGAGAGCUUUAAUAUAGACUCACCUGAAGAUCCUAGGCUUGCCGUUGCCAAGAGAAGCGUUGCAGUCAAUCAGCAUCAUGAUGCAGUUACAGGAACAGCUAAACAGCAUGUUACUGAUGACUACUAUCUGAGUCUGUAUAGAGGGAUGCAAGCAUGCCACCAGAUUAUUGCCGACGGUGUAAUGCAAGAAACCGGAGCAUCCUGCAACUUUAAUGAGUGGUGCCCUAUGUUGAACGUGAGCCAAUGUUUAUUUACCGAAUCCAGGAAUUCGUUUACUGCUGUGGUUUAUAAUCCUUCUGCAACCAAUAGAACCUUUCCAGUUCGAAUCCCUGUUCUAGAAAACAAGGAAUAUACUAUCCUAGAUGAAAUGCAGAAUCAAGUUGAGUAUCAAAUUGUUCCUAUACCGAAACCGGUUUUGUUAGUUCCAGGACAAUUGGGUGAGGCCAGAUUUGAACUUGUAUUAAUGGCGAGUGUUCCUGGAUUAACCAGUCGGGUGUUCGGUUUUAGUAAAUUAGAUACAGAAUACAGGGGAACUAAAACCCUAAAGUUAAAAUCAGGAAAAUGGCGAGGAUUAUCUGUAGAGAAUGAUAAUAUUAAAGUAUAUUUAUCAGAAAAUGGAAAUAUAGAAAAUAUUAAGGUUGAAGACCAAGAUAUAAAUAUGAAACAGAGUUUUGAAUGGUAUGAGCCUGCAGUUGGGGAUAAUAGUGAGUAUACAAGGAGAGCUUCUGGAGCCUACAUAUUCCGUCCUAACGGAACCAAAACCAUCCUUGUCGGAGAUCCAACCUCAGCUACUUUACUUAAAGGAUCCUUGGUUCAAGAGAUCCAUCAGGUUUACUCUCCUUGGUUGAGCCAAGUUAUCCGGGUCUACAAGGAUUCGUCUAGCCUUGAGUUUGAGUGGAUGGUUGGGCCGAUACCAAUAGAAGACGGGGGGAAGGAAAUCAUUACUAAAUAUAAAACAGAUCUGGUAAGUGAUGAUAUAUUUUACACUGACAGCAAUGGUCGUGGACUUAUCAAACGACAAAGAGAUCACAGGGAAACUUGGGACCUAAAUCUGACUGAACCUGUAGCCGCAAACUACUAUCCGGUCAACUCAAGGAUAGGAAUCAGCGAUGAUUCUGACGCAAGUUUGUGGAUUCUUCCAGAUAGGAGUGAGGGAGGUUCAAGUUUAUCAAGCGGAGAAAUAGAGCUCAUGAUUCAUAGACGUUUACUCCAUGAUGAUGCAUUCGGAGUAGGAGAAGCAUUAAACGAAACCGCUUUCGGAGAGGGGCUAGUUGUCAGAGGAAAACAUAGUAUUGUACUGUGUGGAACUAACUGUGAUGAUGAAAGUGCAAGGAAAGCUGAAGAGAUAUUUGCUGCUCCAGUAAUACUUUUCGGAGAAGCAUGUGGACCCAACUCAAGACCUGUCUCUCCAGAUGUUUCAAAGCUUCAUGCCAAAUUUAACGCUAAGCCUAGAACAUCCAUUAAUCUGCCAGAUUACAUUAAACUUCUCACGAUGGAAAAAUGGACUCAAAAUCAAAUUCUCGUGAGAUUGGAGAAUAUACUGAGUGAUGUACUGGAGUCCUAUACCGUACAUGUACAAGACCUGUUUCCUGGAAAACCGGUUUCUAAGAUUCAAGAGAUGACUUUAGAUGGAAACAGAUUAAAAUCCCAAGUAAAACGAAUGGAUUGGAUUCAUGAAUCCAAUUCUAUUCCAAACUUGAAACAUAAGAAUAUAUUCACCAGGGAUUCAGUUGAUGAGGUUGAUGGACUUGAUGUUGUUCUUGAACCUGGAUCAAUCAAAACAAUCAUGGUGUACUUCUAAAAUUAAGAUGAAAAUAAAGAGAAGUUUUUUAAAGGAAA